AUGGCUGAGGCGUCCCGGUGGCACCUAGGCGGAACUCCAAAACAUAAGCUGCAUUACAGAAAGGAAGUAGAAAUGAGAACCACACUUCAGGAGUUCUUACUCUACCUUAUUUUUUUAAUAAACUUAUGUAUAUUGACUUUUGGGAUGGUAAACCCACAUAUGUAUUACUUAAACAAAGUUAUGUCAUCUCUAUUUUUGGACACGUCUGUGCAUGGUGAAGAAAGAAUCAACUUUAAGUCUAUUCGCAGCAUAACUGACUUUUGGAAGUUUAUGGAAGGACCCCUUUUGGAAGGCCUGUACUGGGACUCAUGGUACAAUAACAAGAAUUUGUAUGACUUAAAGAACAGCAGUCGCAUCUACUAUGAGAACAUACUUUUAGGAGUCCCCAGAGUCCGUCAACUAAAAGUCCGCAACAACACGUGCAAGGUCCAUUCAUCCUUUCAGUCCUUGAUGAAUGAAUGUUAUGACAAAUACACUUCUGAAAAUGAAGAUCUGUCUGAUUUUGGCCUUAAAUAUGAUACUGAAUGGAAGUACUCUGCUCCUGUUAUCAACUCCCCUUGGCAUUGGGGAUUUACUGGUGUUUACCGAAAUGGGGGAUAUAUUUUCACUUUAUCAAAAUCAAAAUCUGAAACCCUAAACAAGUUCAUUAAUCUUCGAAUGAACAGCUGGAUCACAAGAAGCACUAGAGUUAUUUUUAUUGAUUUUUCAUUAUACAAUGCUAAUGUAAAUCUGUUUUGCAUCAUCAGAUUGGUGGCAGAAUUCCCUGCAACUGGAGGAAUACUUACUUCAUGGCAGUUUUACCCUGUGAAGCUCCUUAGAUAUGUUAGCUACUAUGAUUAUUUUAUUGCUUCCUGUGAAAUCACAUUUUGUAUUUUUCUUAUUGUCUUCACAACACAAGAAGUCCUAAAAAUAAAAGAAUUUAAAUCUGCCUAUUUCAAAAGUAGUUGGAACUGGCUAGAAUUACUACUUUUGGUGUUGUGUUUUGUGGCCGUUUUCUUCAACUCAUACUAUAAUAUACAAAUUUUUCUCUUGCUUGGACAACUGUUAAAAAGUACUGAAAAAUAUUCAGACUUCUAUUUUCUUGCAUACUGGCACAUUUAUUACAACAAUAUAAUUGCCAUAACCAUCUUCUUUGCAUGGAUAAAGAUAUUCAAAUUCAUAAGCUUUAAUAAGACAAUGUCUCAGCUGUCAUCAACCUUGUCUCGCUGUAUCAAAGACAUAGUAGGAUUUGCCAUCAUGUUUUUUAUAAUAUUCUUUGCUUACGCUCAGUUAGGAUUUCUUGUUUUUGGAUCACAAGUUGACGACUUUUCCACUUUUCAAAAUUCCAUAUUCACACAAUUUCGUAUUGUUCUUGGAGAUUUUAAUUUUGCUGGUAUUCAGCAAGCCAGUCGUAUCUUGGGACCCAUUUACUUCAUCACUUUCAUCUUUUUCGUGUUCUUUGUCCUGCUGAACAUGUUCUUGGCAAUAAUUUAUAAUACCUAUUCUGAAGUGAAAGCUGACUAUUCAAUAGGCAGAAGGCCAGAUUUUGAACUUGGUAAAAUGAUUAAAAAGAGUUACCACAAUGCUCUCGAAAAACUCAAACUAAAGAAACCUGAAACAGAUGAAGACAAGAAAAGUAGGAAAAGCAGAGAUUUGGUUGAACAAGCCAGAAGAGAAGGCUUUGAUGAAAAAGAGAUUCAAAGUGCAGAGCAGAUGAAAAAAUGGAAAGAGAGGCUUGAGAAAAAGUAUUAUUCUACAGAAAUUCAAGAUGACUACCAGCCUGUCACGCAACAAGAAUUUCGAGAUGGCACCACCAGCAAGUACAAAAUGAGACUCUGUGAGUGCCUGACAAAAUGA